CUUUUUUUUCUUGAAAGUAAGGGUUAGUUUGUCUUAUUCGACAUUUUAUCCCGAAUUUGUUUAGGAAAGCAUAGACAUAACUAUGGCAUCCGUGUAUUGCAAGUCGUAAUUUUGUUUCUGAUUUUUUCCACUAAUAUAGAUGUAUUAAAGUUACGAACUUGCUUGCUUCUAAUAUUUCUGUUGUGCAUAAAGUUUUUUGAAACGCUCUGCUUGUUUCUAUGGUAUUCGAAGUGUUCCUAUUGAAGUGUCUGUUUCCACAGUAGUACUGUUAUUGCCUUUGAUUCUUUUGUUGUGAUAUUCGUUUGUUAAAGAGGUGCUUUGGUGGAAAGUGCUGGUUUUUCAUUUUUCGAGUAAUCAUAUAAUGCGAUUGUAUUUUUUAUAAUUGCUUGUUGAUUAAUAAGUCAUAACAUGAAGAGGCUCCAUUACUUGAACAUUCUUGUUUGUUUCAGUUUAUGAUGAAUUUAAUGUAUUUUGUUAUUCAAAAAUGGCAGAUAGAUCCCUUCAUUUAGCUAAUCAUCAUUGUUUGGGGGCAAACAAGUGACUCCUGGGAAGUUCAGGGGAAAAGAGUGGGACAAAUGAAAUUAACCGGAAUAGGAGGCUGGUAUGCAUCUUUAGUUUAAUAGUCAUCUGAGUUGCUAAUCUAUAGAAUCUUACAGCCAUGGAUCUCCCAAAACCAAAGAGGAGAAGUAACCGUCUCCUCUUAAAGCAGAACAAAGAAGUAGCUGAAGAUGAGCCCAAGAAUAGAUUUGGUUGUUUGCCGCCAGAAAUCGCCAAGGACAUUCUCUCGAGGCUUCCCAAUGUCAAAUCUAUUUUCCAGUCGAGGUCUGUUUGUCGUUCCUGGGAACUCUGGUCUCAUGAUUCCCAUGUUUUCCGGAUGCACUUCUCUCGGAGGAGUAGUACAUCGUCGAAACUCCUCUAUUUCUAUUCAUCACUUCAAAAUGAACUCCACUUUGUCGAAUUCUCUGAUAUUAAUGAAAAAGGAUUGAUUGCAAGGAAAAUUGAAAAUGCAUUUCGCGAUCUCACACUAAGAUCAUUUUCGGUGCGGAGCUCAUCUAAUGGCAUCAUGUUCUUAAAAGAUUGUUUUAAUUUUAAGCGGAAAUGCUUUUAUAAUCCUUUCACAGGGGACUAUAAACUUGUACCUGAGGUGGACUCUGGAUAUUACCCGUUAUCUUAUUCAUAUUGGGCUGCAUGCCAUCCAGUUACCCAAGAGUACAAAGUAUUUGCUAUACGCCCUGUUUUAGGUUUGACUGAAUUUAGGUCAAAAGCCUAUGUAUAUAGUUUGAGUAGAAACGAGUGGACAAGAUUAGGAGAUUUUCCUUUUAAAGUAGAAGAUCGGUCAGGAAAUCAAGGAGUUUUGGUCAAUGGGAGACUCCACUGUGUGACUGUGAAAAACAAAGGGAAAUUGACUCUUCUUCCUAAUAUAACAUCGAUUGACAUCAUGGAUUAUUCUGUCAAGGAGGUUCCCAUGCCUGUGGAGGUUAUAUUUCGAAAUAGUAAAAGAUCUCAACUUGUUGUUUUAGGGGAAUGUUUGUCGGUUGGCGUAAGAAGAGUUGAUUCAAGGGUGCAUAUUUGGGUGAUGAAAACAUACGGAAUGGAAUCAUCUUGGGUAAAGCAGUAUGUUUUUGGGAGCGAAUUUCUUAAGUUUGAUCGCAAUUGGAGGAGCCAUGGGGACGAAAUGUUACGGAUUGUAUGCCUUCUUAACAAUGAGGAAAUCUUGCUAGCUUAUGAUGAACGCGAGCAAGGAACUUUGAUUGCAUACAAUUUUGUUACUAAAGGUUAUAAGACUCUCACUUUUGGGGGAACGCUGCCAACAACGUCAUGUAGUGCAAUAUUUGAUUCAUGCUGCUGGUCAGCUUAAGGAGUAGCAAAGCAUAUUCAAUCUAUUUCCAGCUAUCUAGAUUCAACCAUGGUGAAUUUUCCAAAGUCUAAGAAACAAGAGCUUUUGCACAAGGGUACUCAAAACAAGAAGGGUAAGGACAGUGUUUUACAUUUUAAGUUGCUCAGGCGGAGCACUUCUUGCGCUUUUACUUUCUCCCUGUUACUUGGAUUUAGGUGUAGCCUACAAUGCGGUUUCGCCUUUUUGUUUAUGACACUUGUUAUUAUCUCCAUUGCUGAAUUCCUUGAUCUGAAUAUAUGUGUUAUAACUUUCUUAAAUAGUUAUUUAUAUAUGCUCUUCUGCAUUAUCUCAUUGCUCA